AUGGUGACAAAAGCAGAGAAACAGGUAAAAUUUGGUAACAGAAGCAGAGAGAAACAGGUGAAAAUUGUUAACAGAAGCAUAGAGAAACAUGUGAAAAUUGGUGAGAGAAGCAGAGAGAAACAAGUAAAAAUUGGUAAUGGAAUUGAAUGUUGCAGUGAAUGUCGCAGUGAAUGUCUCAGUGAAUGUCGCAGUGAAUGUCGUAGUGAAUGUCGUAGUGAAUGUCGCAGUGAAUGUCGCAGUGAAUGUCGCAGUGAAUGUCGCAGUGAAUGUCGCAGUGAAUGUCGCAGUGAAUGUCUCAGUGAAUGUCGCUGUGAAUGUCGUAGUGAAUGUCGAAUUGAAUGUCGCAGUGAAUGUCUCAGUGAAUGUCGCAGUGAAUGUCGUAGUGAAUGUCGUAGUGAAUGUCGUAGUGAAUGUCGCAGUGAAUGUCGCAGUGAAUGUCGCAGUGAAUGUCGCAGUGAAUGUCGCAUUAAAUGUCGCAGUGAAUGUCGCAGUGAAUGUCGUAGUGAAUGUCGCAGUGAAUGUCGUAGUGAAUGUCGUAGUGAAUGUCACAGUGAAUGUCGCAGUAAAUGUCGCAGUGAAUGUCGCAGUGAAUGUCGCAGUGAUUGUCGAAGUGAAUGUCGCAGUGAAUGUCGCAGUGAAUGUCGCAGUGAAUAUCGCAGUGAAUGUCACCGUGAUAUCCUCCCUGCAGCCAGAUGGGGAGUUAAUUGA